AAGAUGGCGGCCUCCCGGUGGCUGAGGCCGUUUGUGACAUGUUCCCGCUGUCAGAGUGGCUUUUACACCCAGAACGGCCGCCGUGGGGCCGCCGCCGCCGCCGCCGCCGGGAAUUAUUGCACCGACGCCAAGGAAAAGCAAACUCACUUCGGGUUUGAAACCGUCUCUGAAUCGGAAAAGGCGGAGAGAGUUUACAAAGUGUUUGAAAAUGUUGCCAAAAGAUACGAUGUAAUGAAUGAUGCCAUGAGCCUUGGCAUUCACCGGCUGUGGAAAGAUGCUCUUCUUUAUAAGAUGAAUCCAAUGCCAGGGACAAAAUUGCUUGACGUGGCAGGUGGUACAGGGGACAUAGCCUUCCGGUUUAUUGAUUAUGUCAGAUCACAACAAGAACGGCGAAGCCGGCAAGAGAUGAAGUCUUAUCAGAGUCCAUCGUGGCAAGAUAUCAGCAAGUUGUAUCAACAGCAAGAUGACAACGAUACUCAUUUGAGAUCAAAGGCAGUGAUCUGUGACAUUAAUAAGGAGAUGUUAAAGUUUGGAAGGCAAAAAGCAGAACAGCUGAACUACACGGAUGGCCUGUCCUGGGUGGUAGGCAAUGCUGAAGAGCUGCCAUUUGAUGAUGAUAAGUUUGAUGUUUACACAAUUGCCUUUGGAAUCCGAAACGUUACCCAUAUAGAUCAGGUGUUACAGGAGGCCUAUCGGGUUUUGAAACCAGGUGGAAGGUUCCUUUGUCUGGAGUUCAGCAGAGUACAGAACCCAAUUAUUUCCAGGCUCUACGAUUUGUACAGUUUCCAAGUUAUCCCUGUCUUGGGUGAGGUGAUCGCCGCAGACUGGAAAUCCUACCAGUACCUGGUAGAAAGUAUCCACCGUUUUCCUGAGCAGGAGGAGUUCAGAGCAAUGAUUGAGGACGCCGGCUUUUACAAGGUGGAAUACAGCAACUUGACAUCAGGGAUUGUGGCUAUUCACUCUGGGUUCAAGUUCUAAAUUUGAAAGAAAACUGAUUUGAGGAACCUUCUUUCCACCAUCCUCUGACUGAGUCGCAGAUAACUGUGAUUACAGCACUGCCCAACUGCUGGGAUGUUGACAGAAAUGCCCUUCAGUCUGUCCUCUGGCUGCUAGCAAUCCUUUGAAAGUGAGGCAUAUCAAGUUACUCCCUGGAUUUUGUGGAUAUUUUUGUCCUUAGUCUGCUACAAAGACAUACAAGUAGACUUUGCUCUUACUGGUUUUCACUGUGAGCACAAAGGCUUGUGAUGAUAUUGCAUCGAUGAAGGAACUGUAAUGAUCUGUAUUGAAAACCCGACUGUCAUUCAGGAUCUUGCACUACACUUAUCCCGAGUUUCACGAAUGGCGGGAGCUACUUGUUCGAAUAAGAGUUCUGAGAUCAAGGAGUGAUUUCUGAUCCAUUUAGGAAGUCAAGUAUUGAAUUUUUUUAUCCUAGAAAUGUUUUGUAAUUAUCCCUUUGAUUUCCCCCUCUUUCUCUCCCACUCCCACAACUACAAUAAAUCACACUUAUUUGGCUGAAUAGUAAGUGGUGUUUUACACGCCAUCUGUUAUUGAGAUAAAACCUUCAGGAAUCCCAUCAGCUUCCACUGAACAUUCACAUUCUCCGAUGCAAGGAAUGUGAAGAGACACCUAAUUUAUAAUACAAUCUAGAUAAACCACAGCUGCUUUUUUUGAACCCGAUUUAUGUACAGAUUUUCAUUUGACUUUAGUUUGCGUGGAGGGAACUUACCUUCUUAUAAGUAAGUAAAAUCAUUUGAUAACAUUUUAAAUCUGUUUCUAUAAUUUGUCAUUGAGCAAUUGGAAUUGUAUUAAAAGAUAUGUACCGGUGGUUUACCACCAUAUUGAGUCCCUGAUGUUGUUGUGCUGAUGCAGAGACCAGGGCACCAGGAGAAAUUUCCUUCUCUUUUUGAAAGGUGUCAGAGGAUCUUUAAUAUCUUCCUCAACGGGUAGACUUGGUUUAACGUCUUGUGGCAUCUCCACAAUGCAGCACUUCCCGAGCACUGUAUUGGAGUGUCAGGCUAGACUGAGUUUAAAGACUCAACCUUCUGACCCGAAGUCUAAACCAGAUUGAGUUUUCUCAAUUUUCACAAAAGCAUCUUUUGUGUUCCAUCUAAUGCUUGGUGCUUGAAUUGUGUUGUGGGAAUGUGUGGGUGGUGGGGGGGGAUUUCAAGAUACUAGCAGGAAAAAAACUCAUUAAAGUGAGUUUCUAUC